CUACUGUCCCUGUGUUCCCAGCAUCACUAUGGCAGACAGGAACCUCCCACAUCGGGCCGGGGGACGGGACAUCUCUUCGGCAGGUCCAGCGGCCGCAGAGACCCUUGGUAUGGGCUUCUAUUUGCGGAGAGGGCCUCAGCGAUCAUGGGGCCCUAGGUGGGUGGGUUCCUAGACAGGUCACUGAGGAUGGGUCCGUUUAUCCGGUCACCAGUGAGUCGGACAUCUGGACUCUUGCAGAGCGCCACCCUCAGAUGAGGGUGGUCCUUAAGAAUGCUGAGCAACCUGCACAGGGGGGGGGGUCUUGUCCAGACAAGCAGGGCGAAGUAAAGAUUCCACGGGGCCAAACACACUCUCUUUUGUUGCUGGGCAAAGAGAACUUAGUUGCGGGAGCGGUGCAUUCCAGAGAGGAGUGCAAGGAUGCUGAAGAAAGGGUGAAUGAGGCCUGCAUGGCUGUGAAUGCGGUUGCAAAUGGCAGCAGAAUGGCUCUUGUGAUUGCAGCUGAAAAUGGGGUCACGGCUCCUGUGGAUGCAGCAGCUGCUAAUGAGGGGCCUGCUGAACACAGAGGGGGGCAGCUGGCGGGAACGGAUGCAGAUGGGUGUGAUGGGACCAAUGGCGAUAGCAAGGGUAUGCGGAACAGUCCUUGCAAUUGCACACCGAAGCCUACAGCCAAGAAGGCGCAAGGGAAGCAGGCAACGGUAAAGAAAUCCGCUGCCGAUGAGAGCAAGCCAUCGGAGGACAAUGCAAUGUCUGCGCCAGCUGGAAGAAAGAAGGGAACAAAGAGGGCGGCUGAGGACAAGCCUUCAGUCGAUAAGCCCGCAAAGAAGCAGAAAAAGGAGAAGGCGCCUCCGGUAGAGAAAGCGACAAAAGAGGACAAGCCUUUGGAUGAUAAGCCAAUAAAAAGGCAGCGAAAGGAAAAGAAGCCGCCAGACGAGGAAGUGGCGAAAGGGAAGAAGCCGUCUGAUAUCAAGUCGGAAAACAAGCAGCGAAAGGGAAAGAAGCCUCUGGAAGAGGAAGCGACAAAAGAGAAUGAUGCUGCAGAAGAAGCUGUGCCGGCGCCAGGGAUGGUGGAGACUGUGCCGCUGCCUGCACCCCGAGCUGCUGAGACGAUACCGGCAGCAACCCCAUCCACAGUUGAGCCAACGCAGGCAAAGGUAUCGGUAAGUGUCGAGCCGACAAAGAGCACUGUGGCCCCGGAGGCUGCCGAUGCAGCCACUGAGGAAAGAACUUCCAGGGACGCGGAAGAGGUGCAGAAUUGCGGAGGGAAGAAUGGAAACAGCAAGGGAGAAAUUGCAGGCAGCCAAGAACAGGCAAUCAAGGCAAAGGGUAAUUCCACGCCGCACAAGACUCGCCAUCCUCCGUCAGACGAGUGGGUGUGCAUUCAUGGGUGUGGGAAGAAGUACUCGGGGAACACAAGGGCCUAUAAAAAACACAUUCAAGAGUUUUGUCCUAAAAUACCACCCAUCACAGCUCCACCGGGCUGAUUUGCAUGCCACACUUCUUAGGGCCUGCAUGCUUUAUUUUUAGCUUUGCAGGUUUCUGCUGCAUUGGUACUGAGUAGGGCGUCGGUUCAAGCAAGCCCUCCUCAGUACACGCCCUUAAAAAUUUUUGGGUUUGCACAACUUUGCAGCAUCUGCUGCGUCGGUAAACUGAGCAGGGCUCGACUUGAUGCCGGCCAAUGCCACCGCUUUUGGCAUUCAAAAUAUCCUUUGUUGGUGUUUGUUUGCAAGAACCUGCCGUCCGAAAGGGCGUGGGUUCAAUCCCACAGCCGUAAACAAAAAAGAAGAAGAAGA